AUGUCAUUUUACCUGCUUUCCUGUUUCAGGAAUUUGGCCGCGUGCUUUGCCCAGAAUCUGGUGGCGCAAGCGGAUGGUGACCGAAAGAAGAGCAGACGGUCACUAAUAAAUCUACGGAAGAAAAGGGGCAUAUCGGCCGAGGCCGGGGCCGCUCAUUUGGAGCAGAUAUCUAUUAUAAAUAAGGUCGUCGCUAAGAUGAUUGAAAUGCCGAACUUCGGUGAACUUGAUGGGAAAACCGCAGACUACAUAGACUGGCGGAUGAAUACUGGAAAUGAACGGUUUCUGGAAGAGGAUUUG